AUGGCGGAACCGAAAUCCUCAGAAAAAAAUGUCAAUGCCGAUGCUGGAGGUGGAAAAGCAAUUCAGCAACCAUAUGUCUUCUUCCGAGAUCACAUCCGACCUUGGUUCCCUGACCCAUCCUUCAUCAAUCUACAUUACCUCUAUUUCAUCUUCACUUGCAUAACUGCAAGCUUGAUUUUCUGGGGAUCUUCGACCCCAGAGAGAAGCGUUUCUUAUGUCGACAGUCUUUUCCUCUGCACUUCAGCCAUGACGGAGGCUGGCCUGAAUACUGUCAACCUAUCAGAGCUCAACACAUGGCAGCAAGUAAUGCUGUUCCUGCUGAUCAUCAUAGGCUCGGCCAUUUUCGUGUCGAGUGCUAUCUUGAACAUCCGAAAGCGGGCUUUUGAGAGAAAGUUUGCGGAACUGGCCGAAAGACGGCGCAACCACAUGAAAGUACGCCAUAACCUGUCCUUCUCAUGGUCGAGGCGCCGAACGAGUGUGUCAGACCAGAGAGAAAAUGCCAUAAUUUCUGGUGCCCUGAGAGGCACAGCCAUCAAGGAAGAUUACGCAGAACACGGUCGUACGGCAUCCUUCAACUCGCAACGGCAUGGCAGGACUUUGUCAGAGGCCACCUUGGAAAUGACCGAGGUGGGGUCACAGAUCGAUGGGACGGUCCUUGACAGCGAUGCGAAUCAUGUCCGAUUCAAGGAUUAUCUCUAUCCAUUUGAACAUACUGAGUCUCGACACCGAACCACGAGAAGACACCAUGCAAGUUUCUUCGAAGGUCGUGGUGUUGGUGCACAUGGGUUGGAGAAUCAUCCUCGCAAUACGAGACCGAUGGGCUACGAUAUAUCGCUGGACGAGUCAGCCAUAGAGGAUGAUGACACCGAUCUUUCUACUCGUCGACCACCCUCUGGACUAGACAAGUAUGUCCAUACGAUCAAUGGAUAUCUAGGUCGAAACAGUCAGAUUUAUCAUCUGACAAACAAGGAGAGAAGGAAGCUUGGAGGCAUCGAAUACGAUGCUAUCUGCCUGCUUUCUUGGGUCGUGCCAUUAUAUUUUGUCCUCUGGCAGCUCUUAGGAGCAUUAGGAGUCGGAGCUUGGAUCUGGGUAAAUCGUCCAGGCAUGACUCUUACCAAUGGCCUGGACCCGUUUUGGACAGGUGCAUUCUUCGCCAUUAGCGCUUUCAACAAUUCCGGCAUGGCACUAUUGGAUGCCAACGCGACGGUGCUUCAAACGAGCUAUUAUGUCCUGCUGACACUGUCCUUGUUGAUCUUGGCAGGAAACACCUGCUUCCCACCAUUCUUGAGAUUGAUCCUAUGGACCAUGAACAGAGUGAUCCCGCAGAACUCGCCCUCACUGAGAUGGCAACGUCGACGACGGACAUUACAAUUCUGUCUCGAUCACCCCCGAAGAGUCUACACCAACCUCUUCAACAGCAAGCAGACCUGGUGGCUGGUUUUCUCGCUGAUCGCACUGAAUGGCAUUGACUGGCUGGCAUUCGAGUUGCUCAAUCUCGGCAAUCCCGUCACGGAAGCCAUUCCUACUCAUUUUCGUGUCCUGGACGGUCUUUUUCAAGCCUUUGCCGUGAGAAGUGGAGGGUUCUAUGUCGUUUCGAUCCCCAGUCUCAGACAAGGCCUCCUCGUCCUCUAUGUACUCAUGAUGUACUUGAGCGCAUUCCCGGUGGCGAUGACAAUCAGAAACUCCAACGUCUACGAAGAGCGCUCCCUCGGUCUUUAUGCUGAAGAUUUAUCCCGAAAUAUAGCGAGUGUCGACGACUACCAGCCCAACGACGAAGAGAAGCAAAGUCCCAAGCUCAACACCACCAACACACCCACCAACAACCGCAUCCUCUCCAGCCUCAAACGCACCGUGGCCCUAACACGAGGCCCACCGACCACCCCGCGUCCCCAGUCGACCUGGACACGCCAAGACUUCAUCCGACAACAACUGCGCAGCCAACUGGGCCACGACCUCUGGCUGAUCGGGAUCGCGGUGUUCAUGAUCACCGCGAUCGAACAGGGCCAAUUCUCACGCGACCCCGUCGUCUUCAGCACCUUCAACAUCAUCUUCGAGGUGAUUUCCGCAUACGGCACCGUCGGGAUCAGCACGGGCGUGCCGUGGAACGCCUACAGCUUUUCGGGUGCGUGGCAUACCGCGAGUAAACUCGUGCUGUGUGUGAUGAUGCUACGCGGUCGGCAUCGCGGGUUACCGGUCGCGAUCGAUCGUGCGGUGCUCAUGCCGGAUGAGACGCUCGCGUGGGCCGAGGAGGAGGAUGCGCAUAAGCGCACGGGAAGCUUUGUCGGGUUGAGACGGCCGAGGACCUCGAGUCUGGGAGGUGGUGGUGUGCCGGGACCGAGUACUGUCACUGGUGCCAGGGAUAUUGGUACGAUGGUGUGA